AUGAAUGGUGCCCCUGAUUUUACUGUGCCUGGUGGGAAUGGUGCUGCUCGCCCCGCUCCCGCACCUGUGGGGCGCAGGCUCGUGGUAACGGCGCAGCUCCCGGACCUGGCGUCCGGGGCUGUGCGGUCGGUUCGGGGGCUGCUGGUUGGGCAGCUGGAGGCGCUUCCCCCGUACCUGCAGGAGGAGGGGGAGGACUGGGCGGAGGAAGGAGGGGUGGGGGAGGAGGAGGGCGUUAUAGGGGAGGAUUCCCAUUGGUACGUCCUCCCCUCGCCCUGUAUCCGCCAGCUAAUCAGAGCGCAGUACAACCCCACCGACCAAUCGGAGCUCGCCAUGUCAGCGGCCGACGGGCGGCAGCUCGUUGGCAGGUACCUCUGGCCGGAGGGCCGGCAGGACGAGGCAGAUGAGACGGCUGGGUGGCAGCGGGCGGCAAAGCUGAAACGUUUCCUGCCGCCUGUGCCGGAGAUGCUACAGGGAUGGCUCAGGGGGAGCGGAGGGGAAAAAGGGGAGAGAACGGAGGCUUCGGCGGUGUAUAAGCGGCGGCAGCAGCAGGUGACGGAGAUGGGGAGGUGUGAGUAUGAGGAGGGGAAGGUGGGGAGGCGGGUGGAGGCGCUGAGGAGGCGGAUUGCGGGGAUGCAGCCGGCGGGGUGGCAGGAGUUUGUUCAGGUGGUUCAGGUGCUGGCUCAGGCGGAUGCGCUGGACCCGCAGAGCAGCACGCUCAUGCCGCUCGGGGAGAUUGCCGCCAAGGUGAGCAGCGACAUGGCCAGGCCAGAACUUCCCUCUCCUUGCCUAUUAUCUGCUCCACCCUCCCUCCUUUGCACGCAUGUACAAGGGGUGCGAGGGGUGAACGAGCUGUGGAUCGCAGUGGCGCUCUCGCACCCCUCCCUCCCGCGCCUCUCUCCACCGGCCAUAGCGGGGUGCUGCGCUGCUCUGGUGUCUGAAGGCAUGCGCAUGCGCACAGGCGACGGCAGUUCGCCCUCCUUCCCCUACAAGCCGUCCUGGCAGGUGCGGGAGUGGGUGUAUGAGGCAUGUUCGCCCUCCUUCCCGUACGAGCCUUCCUGGGAGGUGCAAAAGGAGGUGUACGAAGCUGAAGAGCGGCGCGAUUGGCUGAUGCAGCUCCAGCUGGUUGCCAACGUGGCAAUCCCUGCUGACCUGGACGCGCAGUUCGCUGGAGUGGUGGAGGCGUGGGCGCAGGGUGUGACGUGGCUCCAGCUCAUCGCUGACUGUGCGGGGCUGGACGAGGGGGACAUUGCGCGGCUGCUAAGGCGCACCAAUGAUAUACUUUCGCAUAUCCCGUAUCUUCCAGGCAUCGAUCCCUCAUUGGCCAAGGCGGCAAAGCAGUCUGCGUAUGUCAUGGAGAGGCCACCUAUCUCCGAGCUCAUUGGCUGA